CGCCUCGCUGGGCAUGGACGAUGUGUUCGCGGCGCUGGGCGUUCUCCGGGUGGCUGGCGCCGUGUGGGCGCUCCUCGGCCCGCCGGCUCCUUUCCACGAGCUCAAGAUCUUCAACACGGUCCUCGGGCUCGACUUGGAGGACGUGGAGCUGCAGCACGCGCUCGGGCGGGGCGGCCUCCUCUCCGAGGCGUGGGAGGGCCUCGCGCCCGCGAAGCGGCGGCGCUGCCUCGCCUUCGUGUCGGUGAUGUACGCCUUCAUCAACGAGGCGCAGCUCUCUCUCAUCCUGUACGGAGAGCUGGGAGAGGCGACGCACGGCGGGCGGGCGCGGGUCGCCCUGCUGCAAGGCGACCUGGCGCAGGCCGCGGCGCUUCUCGAGGAGAUGAACGGCACCAAACGGCAGCGCUGCGCCCGGACCCGAGCGCCGCGGUGAUGCGUUCCGACCGCCUCACGCCCGGACCGUACCCGACGAUGGGCGGCUCGUACCUCCGACAGCUCGCCGCGGGGACGGGCGAGCUGUCAGACACCGCCGCCGGGCUGCUCCGAGACCUGCUUGGCGCAAAGGCGGCGGCCAAGGUGACCUUCACCGACUCCGUCGGCAUGCGCGCCGUCGAGCGGGCCGAGGGCGCGGGCGCGCGCGCGAUGCGGUCUCCUCUGCCCAUGCCGCAGGGGGGCAAGGGGACGGAGGCGAUGGCAAGGGCGUUGGGCAUGGACAAGCCGUCGCUGCUGCGCGCGCUGCGCGCGCACGACUGGGGCGCGUCGGCGGACCGGUUCCUUGACGGCUGGCCACUCGCCGACGGCGACCGGGCGCUGGUUCGGCGCCUGCUGGGCGCGCCCGCGCGACACCGAGGUGGAGAAUCUCGCCUGCGAGCUGAACCGGCACCGCUCCCUCUUCUCGGGACAGGGGCGCAAGUGGAACAACUCGACCAGGCACGCCUCGCCCUCCCGGUACGACCUCGCCGCCGCGCGGGCGUUGCUCGAGCGCGCGGCCGACCUCAACGAGCGGAUGCGCGCGGCGGCG